AAGCCCGGCGCAGGCAUGCAGGCCAGGCGCCUGGCCAAGCGCCCCAGCCUGGGCAGCCGCCGCGGGGGCGCUGCGCCCGCUCCCGCCCCCGAGGCCGCCGCUCUGGGGCUCCCGCCCCCCGGCCCCAGCCCGGCCGCCGCACCGGGAAGCUGGAGGCCGCCGCUGCCGCCGCCGCGCGGGACCGGCCCCUCGCGCGCUGCCGCCGCCUCGUCGCCGGUCCUGUUGCUGCUGGGCGAGGAGGACGAGGACGAGGAGGGCGCGGGCCGAAGGCGCAGGACGCGCGGGCGGGUAACGGAGAAGCCCCGAGGGGUCGCGGAAGAGGAGGACGACGAGGAGGAAGAGGACGAAGAGGUGGUUGUCGAGGUGGUGGACGGCGACGAGGACGACGAGGACGCUGAGGAGCGCUUCGUGCCCCUCGGACCCGGCCGUGCGCUUCCCAAGGGCCCGGCCCGGGGCGCGGUGAAGGUGGGGAGUUUUAAGCGGGAGAUGACCUUCACGGUUCAAUCAGAGGACUUCAGACGUGACUCCAGUAAGAAGCCGUCUCAUCACCUGUUCCCACUGGCCAUGGAGGAAGAUGUGAGAACAGCAGACACCAAAAAAACCAGUCGGCUCCUUGACCAAGAAAAAGAAACCCGGUCUGUUUGUCUUCUUGAGCAGAAGCGGAAAGUGGUUUCUUCCAGCAUCGAUGUCCCUCCUGCAAGAAAAUCUUCAGAGGAACUGGACAUGGACAAGGUGACUGCAGCCAUGGUAUUGACCAGCUUGUCAACCAGCCCUUUGGUCCGAAGCCCUCCUGUGCGGCCUAAUGAGGGUCUCAGCGGGUCCUGGAAGGAAGGUGCACCAUCCAGCAGCAGCAGCAGCGGCUACUGGAGCUGGAGCGCUCCGAGUGACCAGUCCAACCCAUCCACGCCCUCUCCACCACUGUCAGCUGACAGCUUCAAGCCCUUCCGCAGCCCCGCUCCACCUGACGAUGGCAUUGACGAGGCAGACGCCAGCAACCUGCUCUUCGAUGAGCCCAUUCCCAGGAAGAGAAAGAACUCCAUGAAGGUGAUGUUCAAAUGCCUUUGGAAAAGUUGUGGCAAGGUGCUGAACACAGCUGCUGGCAUCCAGAAGCACAUCCGGGCUGUCCACCUAGGGCGAGUUGGGGAGUCUGACUGCAGUGAUGGCGAAGAAGACUUCUACUACACAGAGAUCAAGCUCAACACGGAUGCCAUGGCUGAAGGCCUCAACAGUGUGGCCCCGGUUUCACCCUCCCAGUCCCUGGCUUCAGCCCCUGCGUUUCCCAUCCCAGACUCCAGCCGAACAGAAACUCCUUGUGCCAAAACAGACACUAAGCUGGUGACGCCACUGAGCCGCUCAGCCCCCACCACCCUCUACCUCGUGCACACUGACCAUGCUUACCAGGCCACACCCCCGGUGACGAUUCCUGGAUCUGCUGAGUUCACCCCGAAUGGCAGCAGCUUCAGCAUUUCCUGGCAGUCUCCCCCAGUCACUUUCACUGGCGUUCCGGUGUCUCCUACACAUCAUCACACAGCGGGCUCAGGAGAGCAGAGACAGCACGCCCACACGGCCCUGUCCUCCCCGCCCAGAGGGACAGUCACCCUAAGGAAGCCCAGAGGAGAAGGCAAAAAGUGCCGCAAGGUUUAUGGGAUGGAAAACAGGGACAUGUGGUGCACCGCCUGCCGCUGGAAGAAGGCCUGCCAGCGGUUCAUUGACUGAGCCAUUCCUGCCUCUCCUUCCAAAGGAAGCUACUCAAGGCCCAGGGAAGGCCCUGCCUGGAAUUCCAGGAAUAUAAUUCCUUGGUGGAAUUAAAGCAAAA